AGUUCAGAAACUGCCGGUAUGAAGCUUGUAUGGCAUCAGAGAAUAAAAACAUAGUAGAAAUGUACUGGAUUUUAUCAUAUACAUUUCAAUUUGACAAUCAAAAUUGUUAAUUAUCUUAAUUAUGUGAAAAUAAAUUAAUUAAAUAUUAUAUUUUGGAUUUUAAUAUUUAAAAAAAUAAUCUUUUUCGAUAAAAAACUUUUUUGCUGCAAUGGUAAUAAUAACGAAAUUGAUGUUUAUUGCAGUUAUUUAUGUUUUUUCAGGUACUUUUACUUCUGUAAUAGCAUCACGUGUACUUGAGUUAAGUGAUAGAUUUUUGGACAUUCAUAAAGAUGGACAAUGGCUUGUAAUGAUGUAUGCACCAUGGUGUGCACAUUGCAAAAGAUUAGAACCAAUUUGGGCUCAUGUAGCACAAUAUUUACAUGCAACAUCAAUACGAGUUGGACGAGUUGAUUGUACUAGAUUUACAAAUGUUGCUCAUGCUUUUAAAGUUAAAGGAUUUCCAACUAUUAUAUUUUUAAAAGGUGAGCAAGAAUUUAUAUAUAAUGGGGAUAGAACACGAGAUGAAAUAGUAAAAUUUGCAUUAAGAGUAAGUGGUCCACCAGUUCAGGGAAUAACAAAAACUCAUAGUUUUGACACUAUUAAAAAGGAACAUGAUAUAUACUUUUUAUAUGUUGGAGAACGAUCUGGUCCAUUAUGGGAAUUUUAUCAUAAGACUGCAAAUGUGUUCCAACCACAUGCAUUUUUCUAUCAAUCUCAUCCAAAUAUUGUUAGUAAACAUGCUCCUGUAGAAAAUAUUCCAGCAUUAUUUGUUUAUAAGGAGAAUAUACAUUACAACUUCAGUGAUCAUAAUAUAGAUGAUAUAGAAAAAUUAAAUGAGACAAUGUAUAAAUGGAUAAAUGCAGAACGUUUUCCCACAUUUCCAAAAGUAACAAGAGGAAACAUAAAUCAACUUUUUUUGACAAAUAAAAAUUUGGUUUUGGCAGUAGUAGAAGAAAAUCAAUUAGAAAAAAUACCACUACACAUGGCACGGUUUAAAGAUAUGGUAGAAUCUAUCAUUAAAAACAAACGAGAAAAAUAUCAUGAUUAUUUUCAAUUUGGUUGGAUAGCUAGUCCAGAUCUAGUCAAUAGUAUAGCAAUGAUGGUUUUACCAUUACCAAGUUUAAUUGUUAUUAAUACUACAACAAAUCAUCAUCACAUUCCGGAGGAUGAAACUGAAAAAUUAACUCCUCAUGUGAUAGAAUUGUUCCUAGAGCAAAUUCGAAAUGAAAGUGCUCCGCGAUAUGGUGGAAAUAAUUGGUUGAUACGUAUAUAUAGAUCAUGGUUUGAAUUAAAAACAACUCUUUCUGCAAUGUGGAUGGGUAAUCCCAUUCUAACAAUGGUCUUAUUUGGUUUACCAGCAGGAUUCUUAUCAUUAAUAUGUUAUGGUAUUUGUUGUCCAGAUAUUUUAGAUGCAGAUGAUGACGAAGAAGAUCAUCCAGGAGCAAAUCAUAUGAAGAAAGAUUAGAAUAAUUGGAUUAACAUAUUGUUUAUAUUAAACAAUUGUAUAAAAUUGUAAAUUUUUAAUCUGUAAAUUUCAAUUUCAUUUAGGUAAUAUUUAUUAAUUUUAUAUUAAA